AUGGCACCAAAAAAAGUAGAACUAAAGAGGGAGAUGAAUAAAACGUCUGAACCGGAGAAGCCAAAGGAGCCUGACUUUGACCCAAAGAACAUUGCAAUUGAGUUCACAGCAGAUCAGAUUGAAGAGUUUAAAGAGGCCUUCAUGCUGUUUGAUCGAACACCCAAAGGAGAAAUAAAGAUUUCUUAUGGUCAGUGUGGAGAUGUGAUGAGAGCUUUGGGCCAAAACCCUACCAACGCUGAGGUCAUGAGGGUGCUGGGUAAACCCAAACCUGAAGAACUGAACACCAAGCUCAUGGACUUUGAGACGUUCCUGCCCAUGUUUCAGCAUGUGUCCAAGUCGAAGGACCGUGGAACAUUUGAGGACUUUGUGGAGGGUUUGCGAGUUUUUGACAAAGAAGGAAAUGGCACCAUAAUGGGAGCAGAGCUUCGGCAUGUUCUACAGACUUUAGGAGAGAAAAUGACAGAACAGGAAGUUGAACAAGUGUUGGCAGGACAGGAGGAUGCCAACGGCUGUAUCAACUACGAAGCUUUUGUCAAAUACAUCAUGGCUGGAUAAAUGAGAUAUCAAAGGUGAAUCAUUGGAGAUACGACAUAAUAGCAUGGAUUGUCUCCAGUGUAGUGGAGCAUGUAUCUGAUACACACUUGUGUCUCUUUUAAGAUUCAAUCCUGCAGUGUCCAGAAGUCACAAACACACUGGGGAAUAAACACAUAUGCCUACAAAACAUUUAUUUUU